AUGACCACCUCCCUGGUCCUGAAUCCUCGUUGGGCGGAUACUGUAAUGUUUGUGUAUGAAAACAACUUGGAUGAGCUUAACAAGAACAUGGAAGGUCUGGUUGGUAGCAGCAAUUUCGCGGCCAACCAGUGCAGGAAUCUGAUAGCUCACUCAGCUCUGAGCGGUCACCCUUCCAGCCUUGUGCAUGGCUCCAGCUAUUCGACCGUGGACGUGAGUACCUCGAGUUCAGGAGAAACAAGUAAGCAAUGCACUCCGUGCGCAACGGUACCCCAAGCUUCGUCCACCGGGCCUAUACCUUAUGGCUACUUUGGCAACAGCUAUUACCCCUGCAGGAUGGGGCGGGGUUCGCUCAAGACUUGCACACAACCGAGUGCACUUGGCUACUCUGCAGAGAAAUACAUGGACACCCCGGUCACAUCUGAAGAAUAUCCCACCAGGGCUAAAGAGUUCGCCUUUUACCACGGCUACCACGGUCCUUAUCAGUCUAUGGCCAGCUAUUUGGACGUGUCCGUGGUACAGACACUAGGGACCAGCGAGCCAAGGCACGAUAGUCUCCUCCCUAUGGACAGUUACCAACCGUGGGCUCUGGCUAAUGGAUGGGGAGGUCAAAUGUACUGUUCCAAGGACCAGAGCCAAGCCGGCCAUCUGUGGAAAUCUGCCUUAGCAGAUGUUGUUGCCCACCAACAUGACGGGGGCUCUUUUCGCCGAGGUAGAAAGAAAAGGAUACCGUACACCAAAGUGCAACUAAAGGAACUGGAGAAAGAGUAUGCAGCCAACAAAUUCAUCACAAAAGACAAGAGGAGAAAGAUUUCUGCGGUAACCAACUUGUCCGAGAGGCAGAUCACAAUCUGGUUUCAGAACAGGAGGGUGAAGGAAAAGAAAUUUGUUGCCAAAGUUAAGAACAGCGCUCCAUAA